CUACUUGAGACAGAGAUGGGGAGAGAUGGAGUGAGAUAGAUAUACCAGAAGAGGGAGAGAGAGAGGGGGGAGAUAGAGAGAGAGAAAGAGAGAGAGAAAGAGAGAGAGAGACAGAGAAAGAGUGGUUGGUCAAUCUUCUCUCGUGUGUGGCCAGGUGAGGACAUUGGGAAUGUGUCAUAGAGGAAGUGAGCAGCCACAGUCUCUGCAGGCACAGGGGGCCACGGGUGGAACAGGGGUAACAUGUUGUAAGAGGCCUUGACGCCAGCACUCGUAGAAGUGAAACUAAACCCCUGCACCACCCCCCUCCCCAACCCAAUCCCUUCCACACCCCCUUGGCUCCUCUGACGAGCCAACGGCAUCCUGAAUUGGAGGGCUGACGUGUUUUUGAGCUUAGAGCGUUCACACUUCCUUGGAGCCCCGGGACUGUCUUUCAGUGUCUGUCUGCGGUUGAGGACAUGGUUUGACCUGCGUUCGACCUGUUUCUGUAACUGCCACUGAAUUCUACUGGGAUGCCGGUCAGGUGUUGUGACAACACGACGACCCUAAAAUGAGAAACGCGAUGUACAGUCUUUGAUCUACAAUUGAUUUGAAGACCCCCACCUCUCCAAUCACCUUUGACAUGGAUAGUGACUCAAGGACAGAAUCAAGAUAAUCCAUAGUCAACCUUUUUAAAAGACAGUGACUAAGGAGAAUUAAAGUCUUUUAACAAUAACAACAAACUCCAAAGUCAACUUGUAAUGGACAGUGACUCAAGGGAGUCAAGGUCUUGAACGAAAUCUCAACGCUGUGAAUGGCUCUUUGAGAGGAUCCAUCAGGGAUUUACAGAGUGGACAAAUCGCUUCAUCAUUCAUUCGCCUGCUGAUUAUCAGUGAAGGAUGGCCACCUCCCAUAUUUCCAGACCACAGAGAUUAAUACUGCAACAGAGGAUGACAAGUGCAUGAAGCUGGAAGCUCAGGAUUGACUCACCGUUUCUGAUACAUCUGUCGGAGAUUCAACGUCUUUUGCUUUUCGACUCAUUUGGGCUCUUUUGCGUCUCAGCAAACGGAGAUGAGGCUCCUCAGUAACCCGUCAUCAGAGCACCAUGGCUCCUCCACCAAGCCUCCCCUCAGCACCUCCUCCUCCCGCGUGCUCCUGCGUCAGCAGCUGAUGAGGGAGCAGCUCCAGGAGCAGGAGCGUCGCGAGCAGCAGAGACGGCAGGCCAUCAUCACCUCCUCCUCCUCCUCCUCCUCCACCUCCUCCUCCUCAACUUCCGCGGCCUACCCGCGCCCUCCCAAUGUCACCCAGACCCCGGCCAUCAAUGUGACCACUGCCCCCUCCCUGCCCUCCUCCGCCCAGGUGCCUAUGGAAGUGCUCAAGGUGAGUACGCACCUGGAGAACCCCACCAAGUACCACAUCCAGCAGGCCCAGCGGCAGCAGGUGAAGGCCUACCUGAACACCGCCCAGCAGCCGCCGUGCGUGAGCCUCAACAAGCUGGGAGUGGGGAGUCAGUCCGCCGUCAGCUUACCCUGCCCCAACCAGGGUCCUGAUCACGGGGGCAUGCCUCCGGGACCCGCCAGCAGCGCCCCCAACAGCCCUAUGGCCCUACUGACCCUCAACUCUACAGAGAAAGAGAUGGACGACGUAAUUGAUGAUAUUAUUAGCUUGGAGUCGAGUUACAACGAUGAUAUUCUUGGACUCAUGGACCCAGCGCUUCAGAUUGCCAACUCGAUUCAGUCUGCUAACCUCCUGGAGAUGUAUAACCAGACUAUGGGCCCUCCCGGACUGACCAUCAGCAACUCCUGCCCUGCCAACCUGCCCAACAUCAAAAGGGAAUACUCCGUGACCCCAUCUCCCAUGAUGCACAUGAUGGACAAGCCUGGAUCUUGUGGCAAGUUCGACAACUACCAAAGACCCGAGGGCUUCCCAGUCGCAGAAGUCCGAGCGCUAGCCAAGGAGCGGCAGAAAAAAGACAAUCACAACUUGAUCGAGAGGAGGCGGCGGUUCAAUAUUAACGAUCGCAUCAAGGAGCUGGGCACUCUAAUCCCCAAGUCAAAUGACCCGCUACUAUAUGUUCCCGACAGUGACAUGCGUUGGAACAAGGGCACCAUCCUGAAGGCCUCGGUGGACUACAUCCGUAAGCUGCAGAGAGAACAGCAGAGGGCCAAGGAGAUGGAGACCAGGCAGAAGAAGCUGGAGCACGCAAACAGACACCUCAUACUACGGAUACAGGAGCUGGAGAUGCAGGCGCGUGCCCACGGCCUAGCUGUGGCCCCGUCCUCCCUGUGUGGCUCGGAGCUGAGUGGCCGGCCCAUCAAGCAGGAGCCGCUGCUAGGGGACUGCAACCAGGACCUCUACCCCCACCAGCACCCGCACCAGCACCACGACCCAGCAGGGGGCGCCGGCGGCGACAUGACCCGGCCCACCACGCUGGACCUCAACGACGGCACCAUCUCCUACACCGACGGCCACGGCCACGGCCACGGCCACUCCGACCCCUCGACCUACGGGUUGGCUCACAACAAGGGCCACGCGGCGGCGGCGCACCCCCACCACACACACCUCCUCAACUCCUCCUCGUGCUCCUCCUCGGCCAAGCUGGACGACAUCCUGAUGGACGACAAUCUGUCCCCCGUGGGCAGCGGGGACCCCCUGCUGUCCUCCGCGUCCCCCGCCACCUCCAAGGACAGCAGCUGCAAGAGCAGCAUCAGCAUGGAGGAGAACGACCACGGCUGCUAGCUUUAGCUUCGGUUAGCUUAGUGCCAUCUGCUGCCCGGGAAUGGCAUAGCACUCUUCCUCCACUCUUCUUUUUCUCUCCUUCUAUACUUCUACUUCUCUUUUCUCUCUGUUGCCCUUAAGUUCUCGGUGACACCGCCACCGAUAUGGUGUAUGUGGCUGUGCUGAGGGGACAGGGAUGGCGUAGGGUUUUCUCCCCUCUAUGUGCCCUCCUCCCUGUGUGACAUGUCCAAAAUGUUUUCUUGCGACAUACUACACACGUAGGGUAGUGAAGGUGGCGUUGCUCUUUCCGAUGUAGCGGGCUAUGCAGUAGACAAGGGAGCAUAGUCUAAUUCGGCUUUUGUGCUACCGCCACACCAUAAGGUGUUGUGCUGAGAGUGUACAAACUGGACUAACCCCAACCCCUAUCCCCCCCCCUCAUUAAAUAGAAGCACGGCCUACGUUUGAUUACUUACAAGUAUAUACUAUAUAUGUUUAUUUUUUUCUCUAAUGUUUACACUUUUUUUUUUACUAUGGUUGCUCUCCCUCCCUCCCUCCUCUCCCUUCCUUCAUUCUCCCAUGGGUGCCCCUAAACCUGUAUAGUUUCAUUCAUGACAAAGAUGGUGACGUUCAAACUGAAUCAGGGUCAGUAUCUACUUUGGUGUGAUUUUGAAGUAAAUUUGAAUAGUUUGUGUACAGGCUGAUGAUUUUGCAAAUCGUGAAGGUUUAUAACCAUGUGAAUUGUGAGAUGUGAUUUCUUUCUUCCAGUGCUCAGUGGGUUGGUUGGUGGGUCGGUUGUGCUAUUACUCCAAGCAGUUGUGUUUUUUCAGACCUCAGAGACUAAUAUCACGAUAUAUUUAGCAAUAUAUAUAUGAGAGCUCACAUCACUUAACAAUGUCCAGUGUCAAGCUAUGCAAUAAGCCAAAUGAUUGUGGAAGUGCUGUCAGAGGAAAGUCUUUUGACGUUUCACAGGUGAAGUUGUUGAGGAGUGAAAGUUUGAGUAAAAGAGUUGUUACUGUGUAUAAAGAAUGUGAACCUUUCAAACGAACUCCAUUUCAGUGGCUAUUAGUGAGCCAGUGCAGUAGAGUACAGACCACAGUGUAUUCUUGACUCGGUCAUCACCACUUUGGUAAACAAACAAACAAACAAACAAACAAACAAAAUGUAGUAUUUCGUUGCCUCCCUUUUUAAGGGUGUUUCAUAACGCAGGGGUUUUAAUGUGGGAAAUCCUAUAACUGAAUAACCAUCUAAUGGAACUCUCCGAAUCUCUCACGUCAUCAGUUGCAGUGGUGUUGUGUAGUGUUCAGGCAGGGGCUGGUAAUAUAAUGGGUUUCAGUAGGUUGAGAAGGUGUGCUUAUACACAUUAAUGUGUGUGAGCUCACAUGCCAUUUGUAUGUGUGAGUGUGUGAGGUGCCAGGUGCCAGCAGUGGUUUAUUUAUCUAUCUGUGGUGAGGUGAUGAUGAGUGGCGUUGAACUACUGCUUUGUUUUUACGAAUACUGCACAUUUCUCUUUGAGUUUGGCUGGUGUUCCCUUCUUGAAAACAAAAUGAAUUGACAUUCAUUUAUUGAUUCUUAAUUAUUUCAUUUUAAUUAAUGAUAGAAUGCAUUACAUUAGCUAGAUUAAUAUAAGUAUCUUAUUCUCUCUCCCACUUUCAAAAAUCUCUUUUUUCGUAUCAAUGAUAUAGCCUUUAAAUUAUUUAAUUAUUUCUUGUUACGAUUGUGUUAUUGCUAUCCCUCCACUCUCCGUGUCAAAGAUAUUCAGGAUUUUUUUUUUUAAAUGUUCAAAUGUAAUAUGAAGGAAUACAGGGAGCCUGUUGUGAGACUUUUUUUUUAAAAGAUAUUGUCAAAAACACUGGAGGAAGUCCAAUUAAUUUGAACAUAUUUUUUGAUAACGAAUGUUUUAUACCUGCUAACAAUCUUAGUUUUUUUUUAAACACAUACCGUAUAUCAUAGAAAUGACUGUAGUCAAGUAUGUAACAAUAAGCUGUACUGUACUGUAUUGUAUAUUUGAUUGUUUAAUAUUAAUAUACAACUGUACACAGUACUCCGAUGUAUGUAGAGAUAUCACAGUUGACCGUACCUCUCACAACUCUACUGAGAGACGUAGUACGACUGAUGCAAGGUUUCCUUUGUGUUAUAUAACUAUGCAAUAAUAAUUAUUAUUCUAGUCGUGAGCAUCCUCUUGUACUGUUUUCCAGCAGGCUUGUACGAAAUUCUGAAUUGAAUGAAUUGAAAUUCAAAGUAAACACUAGGUGGUGAUGGAAGCUGCCCAACAGGUGCCGGGAAUAGACACAUACUGAUAAAUAUACAGCACCAUCUAGUGUUCCCAUUUUGUCAUUACAUUGAAUUUCUUUGAAUUUAAUCUAGACCACCCAUUGAGAGUACUUAGAACACCACCACCUCGUGUUCAUAUUAUGGCAUUACUGUGAAUUUCAAUUCAUUCAAUUCGGAAUUUCGUACAAGUCUGUUUUACAGAGCGUUUGGAAUGAAUAGGUAGGCCUACUACUUUGUACAGCAGUCUCUUGCAGCCCAGCAAAAGUGCAUUCACAAGGAAGUGCCUUAAUCUGUUAGUAUUUUACCAAUGGAAUGAUGCCUCUGCUUACCUCCUGUUGAGUGGGUUCGGUGUUUGACCAGAGGUGUAGAAAGUAAAAGCCUACUGUUACUGAUGCAAUUACAACACUAGUACAUACUAUUAAACAGUUGUUACACCACUUAUUAGAUUGUACAGCUAGUGUAGUAUUAGAACUACUGUUACUGAUGCAAUUACAACACUAGUAUAUAAUAUUAAACAGUUGUUACACCACUUAUUCCAUGUACUAGUGUAGUAUUAGUACUAUUAGAACUACUGUUACUGAUGUAAUUGCAACAAUAGUACAUAAUAUUAGUUGUUACACCACUUAUUGCAUGUACUAGUGUUGUAAUUACAUCCGUAACAGUGGUUCUACUUCUACGUUAUGCACCUCUGUGUAUGGCCGGUCUGCGCUAGAGGCAGCAGGCUGACCGCUAGGCUAGCUCUCCCAAGAGAUGACAGUGGGGACAUGCCAACAUGGAACCACAUACCGUAGCCGUCUCUCUUGACAAGCACAAGAUUAAAAUAAGGUUUCUCUUCGCAAGUGCAUGGCACAUUCUUUGCAUCUUUUGCGUCUAUGCUUGCUACAAGCAUAGAGGAGUUUUUCCCCAUAGGGUGGACAGGAUAUGAAGACCACCUAUUAGUAAAAUAAGACCUCGGUGAAUGCAACCAAAUGUUUCCCGCUUUUACAAGUGGAAUACCUUUCUGUUUCUUUUUUUUCUUUGAACGAAGAACAGUGUCCACUGCCAACAUCAUUGAGAUCUACUGUAUCCCAUGUAUGCAAGCACAUAUUUUAUUACAUGAAUAUUUUACACUUGAACUUUGGGUGAUUUUAAAAGUUUGACUACUAAUUAUUUAGCAAUAAUUACCUAGCCACAUUGACAUUGUCUCUUCAGUGGUCACGCACUUUCAAAAACCCUACACACACAAAAAAACGCAAUGCGAAAUGGACACUUAGAGAGAUAAUUGAACACCUUCUAGAGUGAUAUGGUCUCAUAGUACUCUUCAAGUGUUAAUUUAUCAUUGUGUUUAUGUACUGUGUACAGUAGCUCAAGAAGGCACUAAUCAUGUUAACUUUAAUGCCAGUCGCCUGGAUUGGUAACCAUAGGUCACGCAGUAGGCUACAUCUGGUUUAAUAUGCGAGGAAUAUUGGCCGUUGUAUGCUACUGCAUUUUGAAAAUAAGAUAUCAUCACCAUUUUGUACACGUGCAUCGACUAAAAUUAAAGCACAGUUUGUAGAUUAGAUGACAAAAGUAAACUUUGAUUCUUAUUUUUGUAAGAAUUUCAUUUUUUGUUUCAAUUUUUCUGACUGAAGUCGCCCACCCUUCAAUUGUUGAAAUGCAGUAGACUUGGCUGGACCUUAACAAGCUUAACUUAAAGGCACUAUACUGGAUUUCUGUACCAUUUUGAAGUGUCCAUGUGGUAAAAAAAAAAGCUAAUUUGUGAGGAAAUGCACACUGCCUACUGUACCAUCAGAAAAACAUUUACAACCAAAGACAUAAUGGUCUGGUUCUCUGUAAAUAAUUCAAUUGAAUCCUUCCUCCUCACACAUAGCCUAGCAGGCUACUGCAAGACUGGACAGACCAAUGUUAGUCAGUUGUCAUGCUAAUUCGGAAGAUCUCUGCAAUGCUAUGCAUAUAUUUUGGUUAGAAUAUUCUGGUAGGAUAACUCAUUCACUCUCCUUUGAUAUACUACACAGUACAGCUGAUUCUUUGCAUGCAAUACAUUUGGUAAAUGGCACAAAAAUCCUGUCUGGUGUCUUUAACACAGCUAGGGGUGUUUGGAUGGUACAGUAUGGAAUGUGACAGACUGAUUGUCUGACUGAUGUACACAUAGGCCAGUGGGUAUGUGACAACCACUUUUUAAAAGAAUUAUAAUAACAGUGUUAACCACAUUAAGUUUGUUGAAGUACAAAGACAGCGACAUUUGAUUGCCAAAACCAGAGCUUUACCAGUGCAUUAUGUAUAUCUGCUAAAAUGCAGCAGCACGUUGAGAUGGAGCAGAGAGGACUGUUAUACACAUUAAAAAUAUGUGAAGUACGUUUUCA